AUGAGCCAAUACGGUUCUCCUUACGCGGGCACUCCUCAUAGAGGAGCUGACCCUUACUAUAAUUACGACGUGAAUAGCCCCUCGCCAACACCGUCGCCACAUCACUACCCAUUCUACCCAGCAAAGACCCCGCAACGAUCGUCGACGCGAAACCACGUUCGUGGUGCCAGCACCGGCUUCGGUGGUGACUUCGUCCCACGCCCGACCACCGCCUUCUCACCUCGUUACAAGAGCACCGGUGAAUACGCCACUGGCCCAAGUCCGCAAGUGAGUUCGCGAAAGCGUAGUUUUUCCACAAAAGGGCGAGAGCGUCGCAAGUCUUGUUCUUACUAUCGGGCCUCUCAUGGGGACUCCGACGAAGACGAAAUCAUCGAUGCCGGCAACGGUUACGUCUAUGUAUUGGAGGCGCGGUGGAAGGGUUCAAGGCACAGAAAUCAUUAUGACUAUUACACUGAUCGUCCGGAGUAUGGCACUGAUUCCCGCUGCUACCCACAGGCUAUUCCCACAUUUGCUUUUGAGAAAGAGAAGGCCGAGUACACUCGUUAUGAGGAACCUCCACUACGCUCCGCCACCAGGGUUGGUCAUCGCACCCACUCACGUCGUCCGUCCGCCGGGCCUAUUCCUAACAUACAGCGUCCCGCGACGGUCCGUCCCACCGCCGCCGUGCCGAAGAAGACCGUCACUGCUCCCCCCCCUAAGGCUACGGAGGCCGAUCGCAAGAAGCACUGUAUACCCGUCGGGUACUCACUUAAGAAUUGGGAUCCCACCGAGGAGCCCAUCAUGCUUCUAGGCAGCGUCUUCGACGCCAAUUCUUUGGGCAAAUGGAUAUACGACUGGACCGUCUACCAUCACGGCGCUGCUACCCCUAUAUCGGACAUGGCGGGUGAGAUGUGGCUCCUACUUAUCCAGUUGUCAGGCAAGAUAAAACGUUCCGAAGAGAUCGUUCCUCAAGUUCGGACGCGGGCCAACCGGGAGAUGAUCGAGGAUUUCAUUACUUCAGGCGAGCGCUUGACAGAUAGGCUCCGCUCUCUUCUCAAGCGAUGUGAGACUCCCAUGCUCUCGGUUAACAAGAAGCAUGCGGCGCAACAGCUCGGAAAGAACUCCGGUAUCGAGUUCGUCGAGACUCUUUUCGGUCGUGAACGUGAGCUUGCCAAGACUGAACAAUUUAUGCAAGCCGUCCGCCUUUGGAACCUCCGGUUUGACGCCAACUGUGAAGAUAUCUUGAAGAGGCCAACCCAGUAA